CAUUCACUUGUUCACAAAAUGCACAAUAUUAUGUUUAAAAACACACUGUUUCAUUUUAUUAAAACGUUGAUACUUGUAAAUUUUAUAUUCUAAAUGAAGUAUAGUUUUAUUUUACUUAGGUGUAAGUAAACGACAAUAAAAUUAAAGCAACCUAUCCAAGGGUGUACUAUAAAGUGGUUUAUUAUAUAAGUGAUAAUAAAUAUUUAUUACAAUGGUUUAGGAGAAGUUUGAUUCGCAGUUUAUCAGCGUCUUUGAUGUUAUGUGAAUAUGGAUAAUUCAACAGACAAUUGGGACCCUGCUCUUACUCGUCUCUUAUCUUCACUUAAGGAAGUUCAGUCAGAUGGAGAAGAUGUAGCUUUCUUAAGUGAACUGCUGCAGUCUAAGCAGCUACAUGCACUUGUUCAAGUACAUAAUAAAAUUGUAGCAGCACAAUGUAAAGAUGAUAAAUUUUAUCCAUUACUCUCUAAUGCAAUGCAAGUAACUCUGGAGGUGUUAGAAAUGUUUGGUGAGGUGGUGAUAAGUUCAAAUGAAUAUAAAGAGCUGUUGAAAUUACUGCAGAAGCCACAUUUCCAGGCAAUACUCUGUACACAUGACGCAGUGGCCCAAAAAGAUUAUUAUCCUCACUUACCAGACAUACCUGCCGACGCUGAUGAUGAAGAGGAAACCGUAAAAAUUGUUCAACUUGUUAAAAGUGAUGAACCAUUGGGUGGUGCUCAGAGUGCAGAGCCAAUAGUGGGUGCGACUAUAAAAACAGAUGAAGAAACUGGAAAAAUUGUUAUAGCUAGAGUCAUGCAUGGUGGUGCCGCUGAUCGUUCUGGUCUUAUUCACGCGGGUGAUGAAGUUAUAGAGGUUAAUGGAAUAAGUGUUGAGAAUAAGUCACCAGCAGAUGUUCUUUCGAUCUUGGUAAGAUCCAAUCAAAGUUCUGAGGGGACUAUAACUUUCAAGUUAGUACCGUCUUUUGGCAAAGGUGGGUCAAGAGAAAGUAAAGUGAGAGUACGAGCUCUAUUCCAUUAUAAUUCUGCUGAAGAUCCAUAUAUUCCAUGCAAAGAAGCUGGUCUUAAUUUUAAAAAAGGUGACAUCCUGCAUAUAGUCUCUCAAGACGAUGCCUAUUGGUGGCAGGCUCGUCGUGAAGGCGAUAGAGUCAUGAGGGCGGGGCUAAUACCAUCAAGGGCUCUUCAAGAGGGGCGUAUUAUACACGAACGCCAAAUCGAUCCACAAACUUUAGAUGGUAAGGCCGCCCUGUGCAGUCCAUCAGCGGCUAAUUCGGACUGUGGACCCAAAACUCCUUGUUCACCCACACCUAACGCUACCGCUCUACUGCCCUGCAAGUCUACGCCCAAAGUUAAAAAAAUCAUAUACGAUAUAAAAGAAAAUGAUGAUUUCGAUCGUGAAAUGAUUCCGACGUAUGAAGAGGUCGCCAGAUUGUAUCCACGACCAGGGCUCAUUAGACCCAUCGUGCUGGUCGGUGCUCCGGGUGUCGGUCGCAACGAGUUGCGAAGGAGGCUGGUGGCAACCGAUCCAGAGAAAUAUGUCACACCAGUACCUUAUACAUCUCGUGCUCAAAAAACCAGUGAACAAAAUGGAAAAGAAUAUGUUUUUGUCACGCGUGAAAAAAUGGAACAAGACAUUUCGGAAGGGAAGUUCAUAGAGCACGGGGAAUACAAAGGGAAUCUGUAUGGAACAUCAGCAGAAAGUGUGGAAACUAUAGUGAACUCAGGGCGCGUAUGUGUUCUGAGUCCUCACUGGCAAGCCUUGAAGAUGCUGCGAACCCCGAGACUGCGGCCGUACAUUAUAUUUAUAAAACCACCAUCGUUAAAGACACUUUCCGAAACAAGGACUGCUGCGAAUGCGCGCUCGACAUUUGACAAGGAGAGCUCGAGAGCUUUUACAGAAGAGGAGUUCGCAGAUAUUAUAAGGUCAUCGAAUCGUAUAAAUUUUCUGUAUGGCUACAUGUUUGACGAGGAAAUAGUAAAUGAAGAUCUGGCUACCGCACUCACACAGCUUCUGAAAAUGGCAUGGCGGGUGCAAUCCGAGCCGCUUUGGGUCCCGGCGGCUUGGGUGCAGUAAGAUGUAUCCGGUUGUAACGUUAGUUUAAGUUAGUUCAAUUCUAGUCAAAUUUUUGUUCGGUUAGGAUUUUUAGAAUAAUUUUGUUAAUAUUUGUUAAUUAUUUAUAGACCUUUCAGUAUUUUUUUUUUAUUGUAAUCGCUGGCAAAAAAAAUAUCAGUCAUUAUAUUUUCGCGUUCUUUCGUAUUUCUAUUUAUUUUGUCCUUUUGAUGUAAAAAUGUAUAUACUUGUGUUUUCAAUUUAUGUGCCCCUUUAGGUAUAGAUAUAUUUAUUUAUAAAAAAUAUUAAUCGUCCUAUGUGUGCGUAAUCUCUAAACCCACGAAAACUCCAAUGCUUUAGACCCGUAACUGCAAUCUGCGUGAUUUUAGAUGUGUUCCUUUGAUAAAUGAUCAUUAAUAGGUUAAUUUGGUUCGAGGCGAUUGUAAAAUGUUAAUAAAAGUAACGUUAUAACAGCACCACCUGAAAGCCAGCGACGGAGUAUUACAUUAAAUUAUAUUAUAUUAUAGGAAUAUCCGAGCUGUUACUUCAAAUGCUACACGUGGAGCAUUGAGCGUAUAGCACGAAGGAAACUUAAUGAAGUGCAAAAUCUUUAAAUCGCUAACUCUCAUGAUAAUCAUCCUCAUUAUUCAUGAAUUACCAAACCGUAUUAAUACAUAAGUUUAGUUAAUAAGUAAGUCUUCCUUGCCGUGCUAUAUGCUCAAUGAUGUGUGUGAUAAAAUGUUUAAUCAAACCUUCUUUAACUGAGUCACGAAAUCUCUUCGAGCCGUCUCCAGUACUCUAUAUAUCGACGAUUGGCUCACCGCGUUUAUGUUAUUUUCACAAAUCUUCGUAUAUUUCAUAGAAUUAAGGAUAUAUACAAAUACUCAUUAGGUAACGUAUUGGUAACGAUGUUGUAGUAUCGGUUUGCAAUAUUUAUUAGCUUAUUUACUAUUCGUAUUACAAUUCUUAUCAGUAAUCAGAACUCGAUACACGAUGGUUCCAGUACUCUUAGAGCCCUUAGUUCUUGUAUCGGAUCUUUUACUUCUAGUCACGAUAACUGUACUCACACGCGGUAGGACUUGCGACCUUCUGAUCUUUAUUUAUUGGAAUAAAUUGUUGGAAAGUAGAAUGACUUAAUCGAAGUAAUAAGUAAUCUACGAGCCUCCUUCGAAGCCCUAAAGUUUACUAGAGCGCCUCUAUUUAAUCUUUCAGAGACGCGCCAUUACGUGUCUUUAAUAAAAAUCUUAUAUUAUAUUUAUUUUUUAUCGUAAUUAGUAUGUAAACGUGUUAAGGGUGAUCGAUAUUCCCCGCACUCUCUAUCGCUAAAGGCAAAGGAACAGUAGUUGUAAAUACCUAGUUCGUACAAGAGUAUUUUCUCUUAGAGUAAGUAAUGUAUAUUAUAAAAAUAUUUUCCGACAUUUGCUUGAAAACGUAGUUCUUAGAAUAGGGAUUUUAUAUCCAAGGAUUCCACCGUUGCGGACAUUUAUUUAAAUAUUAUUAUUGAUAUUUAGAUAAAUGUUGUAUCUGAGUGAGGUUAAUGUUAAUUUAAUAAACUAUAAUAAGAAAGUUAAUUUGUAUUUAAAAGCCAGUUAAAAGUUUUGGUCGUUUCUUAAAAAUUCGGCUUUUAAAUGUCCCAUUGUUGGGCUAAAGCGCCUUAGUGGUGUACACCUGUACUAGAUUCUCAUCUGUUACACGCAGGUUUCCUCGCGACUUAUUAUUCAUUGGGCCAUCUCGGUUCGCCUAAAACAAGAAAAUAAUAUUUUUCUUUAUACAAUUUUGAAUUUAGUAUUCAAUCGGGAUCAGCUUGAUCAUCAUUUUUAAAAUUUUGGACAGAGUAAAUAAAUUGAGUCAAUAAACAUGUAACAAAAUUCAGUAAAUUUUUAAUUAUAAAAAAAAAGACGUUGGAUGUCUAUCAUCAGUAAGAGAAUAAAGGAAAUUGCGAAACCUAAACAAAAAUAAAAACUAAUUAACCCUUAUUUUAACGGAUUUAAAUUUAUUUUCGUUCCAUUUUAAUUUUGAAAAGAACUGUGGUGACAAAAUAUCAAUGAUAGAUCAAAUAUGCUUUACGUUAAAAUUUAUAAAUUCGUCUCAAUUGGUUUGACUCAUUUAUAUUCAGUUCAUUUCAUAAUUUAAAAUACUUGCCCGAUUCGUGUAUCUGUAGUUCUGAAUAUAAUAACUUGACGGAAAGCGUAACUGCCGUUGAAUAAGAACUUUUCAACGAGUUAAUAAAGCUGAUGCCUAGACUUGGCAUGUUGUGAUGUAUUAAAAUUAUUUUCUUUUAAAUUUUCGAUCAAGCAAUUGUAAAAUUUUAGCAACUAACGUUAUAACAGCACCACCUGAAAGCCAGCGACGGAGUAUUACAUUAAAUUAUAUUAUAUUAUAGGAAUAUCCGAGCUGUUUACUGCAGAUGCUACACGUGGAGCAUUGAGCGUAUAGGACGAAGGAAACUUAAUAAAGUGCAAAAUCUUUAAAUCGCUAACUCUCAUGAUAAUCGUCCUCAUUAUUCAUGAAUCACCAUACUGUAUUAAUACUUAAGUUUAGUUAAUAAGUACGUCUUCCUUGCCGUGCUAUAUGCUCAAUGGUGUGUGUGACAAAACGCGUUUACUAAGUACUUUUCUUUACCUGAAUCGAAUACUCUUCGCUUCUUGAGACCUUUUUGAAAUCUUCGUUAGAAAUAUAGAGUCAGGAGUUAAUUGGUUAUAUAUUAUUUGGUCUGAUUAAUUGGUAUUCUAUAUUCGCUUAUUCGCUCCGUAAUAUCGUUCGUAUAUCUUAGCUCUUCCAAUUAACUCUUAAAGUCGAGAUGUUUUGAAUAAAGUUUAUUGUAUCUUUGCUCAUAAUAAUCGGUAAAUUUUCUAUUCGAAAGGUACUUCCAUAAUUAUAUCUCUUAUUAAGGUAAAAUAUUUGAAAAUAAAAACAACAUUGAUUAUUAAAAUACAAUGUCGGAGACUAUCUGAAGAAAUAGUAGAUUUUAUAUAAAAUAAAAAUAAAAAGGAAAAAAAAAAGAUAGAUUAUAAUAUUUAAAAAUUAAAAUAAUAAAAACAAUUACGUUAUUAGUAUGUACAAUCAAAUCGUAACUUCCAUUACUAGAAUAUCCCUAGGGAAUACUUACAUGUAAUUUUAAUAAUUUAAUUUUAACUUGGCCAGACUAUUGCUUCUAUAGGUUCAUAUAGAUUAGUUUAUGUAUUCUUUAUUCAAUAUAUUUGCAUUGAAUAUAUUUACGGUUAUAAUCAAAAUUUUCUUAUAAUUUCAAAUCCGCAGCUACGAUUCCGGUAUUCAUUAAAAUAAUUUAACGUAAUGUACUUAACAUAUUUUAUUUAUUCAUUUAUUUAGUUCCGUUUAAUUUUAAAACCUAUAAAUAAUUUACCAUUGUUUAUUUCAACCCUUUCAGGACAAUACAUAUAGGACAUAUUUCAGGACAAAAUAAUAGCGAUUGUAUAUUAAAGUUAAUGUUGCCUAGUUUAAAUUUUAAAAAUAUAUAUAUUUUUUUUAAUCAUAAAGAUUUAUCUAUAAUGUUCAUACAUGGCCUACAAAUUUUUUACAAAGUAGUAUUUCAAUGAAAGUUAAUAAGAUAUAAUCAUAUAUAAUUAUCUCCACUCUUUUCAAAUAGAUUUAGAUUAUUUUUCAAUGCGAUCUCAUGGAAUAGAAUAAUGUGAUAGAUUUAAAAAAAAAAACAUAUGAAAUAAGUUUCUUCGUAUUCAUAAUCGUAUAUACAUAAUUGAUAUUAAGAAAUCUUUUAAAGUAAGUUUUAUUGGCAGCGAUAUAUAUCAGAUUAGUAAUAAGUAACUGGGUGUUAUAAAUGUGGAAGAAAUAGUUUAUGAGUACUCAAAUAUAACGUUAAUAAAACAUUAUACUAUAAAUUGUAGUUAUGAGAACAGUUAUUUUAGAGAAAAUCUAAUUUUGCUUGUUUUUUUUUUAUAUAUUCGAUUGUUUUUUUCUAAACUGCCUCCGAACUGCAGUUAUUGCAAAUUAGGGGUAAUUCUCCUGUGUUUCUCGACGUGCUGUGAUGCAUUUCAGUAAGCGAUAUCUUAAAUUUAUAACGGCUUCUUAAUAACAUAUUUUAGUGAUACACUGUUUUCUUUUUUGCUUCGGUAUUUAUCUACUCUACGUUUUUUAUAAUAUUUUUUUUAACGUAUCGAUUCUUGACGAAAAUAAUGUAUCGCUUAUUUAUUGUUUCCUUAAAUAAUGUCACGUUUUAAGAAUUUUUCCAACGGUCAUAACUUUGUAUAUUAAAACGUUAAGGGACGGCUACUAGUAAUUAGAAUCUAUAUUCGAGUAUAAUGCACUUGUAUGCUUUGUAAUGUUCGGUGUAUUUGUAAUAUUUUUAAACAAAAUUAUUAUCUCGUUGACACCUCGUCUCAAAUGAGUCUCUCGUAGUUCAUACAAUAUAAUAUAGAUAGUUACCAUUAACUUUCCGUUCGUCUUAAAUACGAACGUUGAUAUACGCUUUAAUUUGGUAUUCCUUGCUGUUCUUGUCCUUGUGUAAGUUGAUUAACUCGUUCGAUUAUUUAUUUGUACAUUUAAUCUAAGAUCUUCCAUUCGAUUCUUUGGUUACAUUUUCAGAAAGUUGUGUUAGUGUGGCGGUGGCGUAGGCACUAUUUAUAAUUCUUCCACUGCGUUCUUCCUAUCGAUUUUCAUCGUUCCGUCUGUUUUAUCGUUUUCGUGCGGUAUUUAUUAACGUGUAGAUUCUGUUUUGUUACAAUAAUUUAAUCUUGUGGAACGACAGAUAAUAAUAGCGAUUUUUAUAGAAAACGUAUAAAAAAUAAAAAAAAAUUCCUAGUAAUUAAGACUCUAUGGACAAAUGGACACCGUCGUAGAGUAAGUGUUUGUUUCGAUUUAAGAAACAAUAAAAAAAUAAUAGUUGAAGCGAACUCGGUAAAUACGAACGCUUCGGCUUCUUAGAACAUCACAAUAAAUCCGUUUUUAGUCGUAGUCUCUAGUGUAACUCGAGUGGGAAUAUAAUAAUGUAGCUAUAUGUAUAUCUCAGAAUACUACAUCAUACUACAUCAUAAUACUACUAGUGUUACUAAUAUAGAGGUGUGACGGAAAGGCAGCGCUUCAGUAUGUGACCCGACAUACUGGAGCAUGUCUAGUAGUUGUUUGUAUCUGUUUUCGUUUUUGGUUUGAAAUUUAUUUUUUUUAUUUUCAAGACUCUAAUAUGACGUAUUAGGUUAGUACACAGUUUGAUAGAUAAGAUAAGAAGUGAGUAGGAUUAAAAAUAGUUUGUUCCAGCAAGCCUUUACAUAUAUUAAGUAGAGUCUGUGUCAAGUAUUUGUUCGCGCGUAUCUUGGCGCUUAUGUUGAGUUUUUCUUUCGUAGAAUUUAAAAUUUGUCUUGAAAUUUCCUUUCGUCCGUUCUUAUUGAAACCUAUUCACAUCUUUAUCUUACUUCUUUAUCUUUUAACGCGUUUGCGGGAACAAACGAUUUGAUGAGGCUCGCAAAUAACCUAACCGCUAUAUGGGAUAUUCGUAGUAUUGAACAGAGAUAUAUUUGUAGAAUGUAGUUAAAAAUAAUAUUACCUAUUUAUUAUUUUUAAUAUGUAAUAGAAAAAAGAUAUAUGAAAGGCUCAGUUGAUAAUUAUAAUACGUAUUUGAUGUUUGCUUUGUAUUUUCUUAGAAUAAGUUUAAUCUUUCCAUAUUCGUCGAAGUAGAGCAUCCGCACAGUAGGGUGAUUUAGUGCUAGCCGUAAGUGCCACGGGAAUGCAUCGUUGGUACGUACCGUGUGCGAAGUGAUAAAAAUAUAUAAAAUUAGUUUAUAAGGCGUUUCGUGUAAUCUUAGCUUCUACGACAGACGAGAAUAGCCUCGAAAUCACAGAAAAAUAUACUAAAUCGUUAAGUGAAUCGGAUAUUUGAUAUUUAAUAAUUUAAUUCGCUUUUUGUCAUCCGUGCUCAACACAUCGUGCCUUUGCUGACAGAUAAAACGUUAAGACAAAUUCACACCAAUUCCGCUACGUCCCCGACGCCUAAUGAGCCAGGUCGUCGGCCCAACGAUUCGCUGUCGCUGUGAUCAUAUUCGUGUGCUUUCGUGCUUCCUUAUCGUCCUUUCACCUUGCAGGCUACGAUUUUAAGUCUAUCGUUAGUUAGCGGUGCUGGUGUGUUUCAUGUCUUAUUCAUUUGAAAUACCUAGCAAAAAUAUAUGAAAAAUAUUAUAGUAGAAAUAUAUAUCGUUAGGUUAAGAUGCCGAAAUUAUCAUUACGGAGUGCUAUCACGUCGAAGAACACCGUCGUUGUUUAAAUGUCGAUAUAACUCGAAAGUUCAGAGACGCUCUCGUAUCUAUAAUAAAGGUAAGGCAAUUAUUCUCAUUAUUAUUAUUUUAUUAACUAACUUUGACAAUGUUUUAUCAUACAAAUAGGAAGUUCGUAUAUCGUUCAAAUAUCUGUAAUCUAUCGAUUCGGAGCCAUCGUGUAUCGGUUAAAUACUUACUAAUUGUAUUAAAUUAUAUUUGGAGGUAAUCUUAUAACUGAAUCUAUUGUCUUGCGACUUGUUUAUCACUUAGCAUCUGUUGACUAUCGAAUAGGUUCUUACAAUAUUUACUUUAUACGUAGAUUGAGUGACUAGUUAUUAUGUAUUUUUAUAUAGAAUAUUAAAAUUUCAACUUUUAUCUUUAGCUGAAAGUUUGCUUCAGUUAACUUUCUCUAUAUGAAAGGUGGAAUUAAACUGUAGCGGCGGAUAUAAUAUACGAUGAAGGAUGGGAUGGAUAUUUAAAUUGAUAUCUAUCGCAUGCAACAAAUAUGAAUCAAAUUAAUUAAAAAAUGUCAUUAUUCGGCCCUUACGUAUACCAAAGUAUUGGAAACUUCGAUUUUGUACUAGGUUUGACCUUCAUACAAAAAAAAAAUGAAUAUAAGGAUAUUAUUUUCUUUUGGAAUUACCAAAGGAAAAUUCGUUUCAAUUUUUCAAUCUACGAUACUAUUAAUUCUAUACUUUCUUCCCCAAGAAAAAUAUUUUCUGGCGGAGCUUGUAUUCGACAUUCUGUGGUGUUUUUGAAGCGUGGCGUAUCUAGAUCUCAAAAGUUUGGUAUUUUACGUAGUGUCUAAAUAGAAUCGUAACUUGCUAGAAUUGUUAAUUUAAAUAGAAACGCUAAUUCAGUUCUUAGCACUCACAUAUAAUAAUUAAUGUUUGAGUGCAAAUCACGAGCGUCGUGUAGACGACGUUAAUUAAGUUAACUGUGACAUUGUGCUUUUUUAAAAUAUUUCAAUUAAAUAUGAAUUAUUCUAAUUAAAAAAAAAAAACAACUUUAGAUUUUGUCCUUGUACCUAUUUUAUAUUAUAUAAUAUUUUAGGUUAAAAGUUAAUUUUGAGCAUGACCUGAGAAAAACGAUCUUAGUUUAUCAUAAUGAAUCAUUUGACAUUAAUAUAUUUCAACUAAACUAAGAUUGUUCAAUGAUAUUUUUAAUAGGCUACAUUUGCUAUUUGACUUUACUUAUACAUGCAAUCUAAUUAAUUAAGACAGGAAUUUAGCUUAAUACACUAUUUAAAAAAAAAAAAAACAUUAAUUAUUGCUUAAAAGUCUGAACUAAUAAUAUAGCCAAUAUUUGCAUGAAAGAAUUUAAUGCACAUCUUUUGCUGAAAACACGCCUCUGUUUAAAACGAAUACAAUCAAAUUAAAAUAGAAGGGGUACUUUUUACGAUGUUGUGAACUUAGCGCGGGACUUCUAAGAUCGCAACGUUUGUGGAUAGGUUUAACUAUAUUGCAACUACAUGGAUAAUGUCACACUAAAUUUUAAGGCAUUAAAUGCUGUUUAUUAUUGAAAACAUACACGGAGGUCUAACUAGUUAUUAAUAGUUUUAGGUAAGCGUAGGUGUACCUAGUUUCUUUUACCCAAUGUUUUUUAAUAAUAUUAUUAUUGUGUGUGGUACGUGAGCACAAUAGAAGUCUCCUUAUGGUGAACUUAUGGUAAAAAUUAAAUCAUUCAAUAUUAAAACUUAUCAAUAUAUUUGGUGACGUAUCAGUUGACGUUUUAUCAUCAAAUUAAAUUAUAUUAUAAUAAAAUAAUAGUCUGGUUAAUUUGUUUAGUUGAUUUGGUUAUUGUGGCCUAAAGGAAUGGUCAAUUAUUGUUUAUUUUUUAUCUGUGUUAUGUAACCACGGUUCAUCGGCAGUCGGCACCUAGAUACUGUGUCGUGUUUAACUUGUUCCCACCGCACAAUGUGCUUUUUAAUAGAUUUAAUUUUUUAUUAUAGAAAAGGAGACAAUAUUAUCCGCAACAUUUGUAUGAAAUAUUUAUUUUAAUAUUUAAAAUAAACAAUAGGACAUAUAUUCAAGCCAUUUGAAAUUUUCUAUUGAACUUAAUUCUAAAAAUUGAAUUUACCUCAUUGAUAUGCUGAAUACCAUCGACAACCUUCAAUAGAAAAUAAGUUCACUGCUUAGUUCCUCUGAUUUAUUUCGUCCAGAUAUUGAAGGAAUAUUAUAUUUCAUAUACUGAAUAUCAGUCCUAUUUCCAAACAAUCUGAAAUUGACGUUUCUAAAAUUUAAUAUUGUAAUGAUUCAUUGUUCUUGUAAAAAAACAAUUGUAACCGUAUGUGUAACGGCCGGUAUAGACGUAGCAAUCUGAUACGAUAUCAUUUAGAGAAGCAUUACGUGCAAUUGCAAAGUCGAAUUGCUAACGUUAACUACCGUUACAUAUGUGGAAGUCAUUUUGUCUAAUAUCACCAGGCGGUUAAUAAAUGUAAUACAAAUAA